GUGCUCAUGUGAUUCAACUACGGAUACUUGAAAUCCGAGAACAAUGUAGUAUUUAUUAGACCUUUUGUAUUGUUCUAUUCAUAGAUUGCAUUGAGUAAGGUUAUUUUAGCAAAUUAUAGAGUUGCUGGUUUUAUAGUUGCAAAACGUUUCGUCAUGAUUAAGCUCGGAUGCCUGAAAGAAAUGUAUCUUUCAGUGCUCGUGGUUUUAUCAGUUCUAGUCUCAGCCAGAGCCGCUGUUCUCUCUUCUGAGUACGCUCACUAUGCAGCUUUGGAUCCGAAAGAGUUAAUGAAGCUGUACUGGACGGUCGACUGGGAUAAGGAAACCGUGUCUUUUGCUGUUGAGGCGGCAACUACAGGAUGGGUAGGUUUUGGAAUCUCGUCAGGGAAUGGCAAGAUGGUGGGUAGCGACAUGGUUAUUGGAUGGGUAAAGGACUCCAAAGGCUACUUGACGGUAGGUCAAUUGUAAGACUAUUGCUCAUCGUGCAUUCUCGGUUAACAUUCCACAGAUACUCCGCACGGAUUUUGACACUCUCGCGCUGCUCGGAAUGUUAGGGAUGCUAGGAUAAUAUCUUAACAUUUCUAAAAAGUACUUACAGUUGAGGCCGCUUGCGUCCCCUCAUCUAAUUUUGUUGUCGUUGUUAUGAUUAGAAAAAGCAUCAAUUCACGUUCAUUUUGUUGCACAAGAUCGUCGGAAUUAGCCGCCUGUCACUAUAUCAUCGAAUCAUUGUUUACAAAAUAAUGAAUAAUGAAUAACGAUGUAAUGAAUAACGAAGCCUCGACGGUCCUCCGUUCUGUGUUUUGUAUAAAGCAUGCUGGAUGAGGCUAGAGCACGAAAAUUUCUUCUUCUGCUCACUUGGUUUCGCCAUAUUUUCUUGUGACGUUGCAAUUAAUUCUCAUUUUUUGGAGGGAAAGAGGGCAACAAGCAUCCUUGACACUAGUCAGUGUAUGACAGGGAUCACAAUUCCCUCUAAUGUACUGUCUUUUCAAUCCAUUUAUCUACCGGCAGUAAAAUGUGUCUCCACCAAAUUUGUGGGGGAAAUUUGUUAUAAAGAUUGAAUAAUGAUGCGAGUUCGUAACAAAGCUGCAUGGUGAUCUUUCUCGAGUAUUCAUUCAUUAAUUAGGCGUGCGUGAUGAUCACAUUUUCAUCACACCAGCCUUUGUUCAGAAACAAGAGAUGAUCUUAUCUUGUUCACAAAUAAGAGACAUUAUUCAUAUCUUUAUUACAAAAAUAGACCCCUCAUUUGAAAAGAUUCGUUAAUUACCUCAUAAAACUGGAAAAAACCUGUUUCUAUGAUUAAGGUCGAUGGAUGAAUAAGAGAAUUUGCUAUAAUUAAUUUCGUUCAGCUCGUAACAGGUUCGUUUCGCUGCGGUAAACGCUUUCAAGAGAGAUUUUAAAACGGUUCAUCAUGUUAAUCAUGAUGUUAUAUUUGUCUGAAUGGCACAAGAAGGAAUGCGGAAAACGGAAUGACGUAUACCAAGAAAAUAAGUUGUUUGUCGCAGGUGUGCCGCUGGUGUGCCGCAAGGCACAAAACUGGGCCCCUGACCUUUCAUCUUAAUGAUUAAUGACUUGAGAGUUAGUAACGUACGUAUGUAGAAGUAUGUGGACGACACCACUAUAGCCGAAAUCGCGCCUAAGGGAGGCCGAAGUAACAUCCAGAGCGCUGUCGACGCCGUCUAGGACUGAUCUCAUGAGCAGAAUAUGCAACUCAACGCGGAUAAAUGCAAGGAAUCGACUAUUUAUUUUAGAAGAACAAGCAAUCAUUCGAUCUUGUAGUAGUCGGUGGGAAGGAACUUUCUAAGGAGCAACGUGCUAAGAUAUUAGGAGUUACGAUAUCUAAAGAUCUGAAAUGAAACGGGCAUGUAUAUGAUAAGAAAAGCAAAUAAGCGCUUGCAUUUCUUAGUGCUCCUUAAGAGGGCUGGUGUUAGCCAUCAGGACAUUAUACAAUUCUAUUGUGCAGUUAUAAGAUCAGUAUUAGAAUACUGUACCCCUAUUUUGCACCAUAGCCUUCCUGAAUACCUUAGUGAACACCUCGAGCGCGUCCAGAAAAGAACCAUGUCAAUAAUCGCGCCUUAUCAAUCGUCUAAACAAUCCCUAGAGAGCUACGGACUCUUUACUCUACGCCAAAGACGCGAUGAUCACUGCUAAAAGCUAUUCAGUGGCAUCGCCAAUUCGAGCGAUCACAGUCUCGCCCACUAACUUCCCCCACGUCAUCAAGGUUCAUAUAACUUGAGAAGCAAAAGAACUUUCAAUCUGCCACGAUUUCACACCAACCGUUUCAAAAACUCAUUCAUCCCGGCCAUGUGCCAACGAGUAAAUAUAUAGCAAUGUUUCGUAAACUGCAGUGCUCUUAGCCAGUAAUUUGUACAGAGCACUUUAGUUAUAUAGAAACCCCAUUGUAAAUAGCCUUAGUUUUAAUUGUACUAUAUUUAUAUUGUGAAUAGUUAUUCCAUUCAGCCUUUGGCUGCGACUUAGUUAUUUCUAUUAAACUAUCUGUCCAUAUCUAUCUCACGUCAUAUUGCUACUUAAAAUAAAAAACCGAACUUACUUUAAACAUACUUUACACGGACACGUGCCUUAUUAGUAUUAGCCACCCCUCACAUCCUUAGAGAGCAGUCCAUUGACUGUCCAUAGAUGUACGAGCCUAUGACGGAUCUGCUGUAAGUGAAUGAUUUGCCCGGGCAACCUUGGGAAAAGCGUGCAGAUGAUAAACCGAGGGGUUUGGGAAAUUUACAUCGAUGUGUAACUCUAAAGUAAUGUGUAUCCAACUAAAUAACAACUCUAUUUACAGUAACGUUCCCUUCAUGAACCUCACUAUUUAUACCCUGAUUUGAAAGCAAUCAUUUGUUCCUUUACUAUCAGACAUAAAAUGAAAGUUUCGCUUUUGUCUUCUUCUCAGGAUCGUUUUGCUGAUGCAGAGAGUCUACCGCCCUUGGACUGGCAAAAAAACUACGAUUUGACUGGCUGGGAGGAAACAGACAGCAAAACCGUGUUGAAGUUUAAAAGAAAAUUUGACACCUGUGAUCCUAAAGAUAGGAAGAUUGAAGUAUAAAAACCAACCGCUAAAUAUUUUAUAUUCCUCGCAUUUUGUAUAUGUUUGACUUUAUAAAAUUAUUUUUCUCCAAUUGAGUAUGAAAGAAUGGAAACUUUAGUGCUUUUUCCUUGCCACUAAAUGCGCUUUUGUUCUUCACGUUUCUUUCAGCAAGGUACCACAAAAGUCGUUUUUGCUUAUCACACAGAAGACCCAAAGUCUGAGAAUAACAUAAAGAAACAUACCUUUAGGGGUUCAAGGAGUAUCCUUCUCCUUAAUAAUUUGGACAAGAAAACUGUGGAUGAGAAAGGAUGGAAGCAAUUCGACGUUUUCAGUUAUAAUGUGGGUACAUGCUUUUGAUCAUUAUUACAAAAUGUUCAUCUUUUCUUCACGAAAACUUAUUUCUGUCGCAAAUCACAGUUAAAAAUUCAAUCCUUGAUAACAUCAUAUUACAGGUUACAAUUCCCAAAAAGCACACAACAUACUGGUGUUCUCUCGUCAAGAUCCCGGAAAUCAGAGGCAAACACCACAUAACAAAGGUUUGUCAUUACACUGAUGUACUUUAUUACUGGUCAAUUGUUUUCAGUGUCUUUUCCAUCGUCUUUAACUUGUUAUUGUCACUAUUCAGUUUAAUUUUAUGCUGAUCAAGUCUUCCAUGGGUCAGCUUGGUAUUCAUUUGGACCAAACUUAAGACGAUUCAACGAUAAAACCCUCCAUUUGUCACUUGUGGGCUUUGUCGCCCUACACGUCUUUCUCAUCUAGAGUUGACCUUUAGCUUCAUUUUCACAAAAUCGUUUCGUCGUUUUUCAUACAUAUUGAUAAUGGUCAACUAUAAAUUAAACAUUUUGUUUGUUACGCGCAUUUUCCGUUACCCGAUGUGGCCCCUCUCGCUUGUACUGAAAUUUCUCUCAUAGGACGUUUUAAACUUCCCCUGAGAUAAGUCUGACCACCAUAACUUUCAUCAUUUUCAUUUUUCAGUUUGAGCCAGUUGUGAAAAAAGGAAACGAAGGUAUCGUGCAUCAUCUUGUGGUCUACACAUGUCCAGUGAACUAUAAUGACAGCCAUUAUGGCUCUGGGUAUGAUUGUGAGGAUCCAAAUAUGCCACUAAGAGAGUGUUAUGGCUCUCAAAAUAUUGUAGCGGCGUGGGGAAUUGGAGGCGAGGUAAGGAGUUUUGGUUGAUGAUACUCUAGAUGAAGUUAAUAAUUUUAUUAAAAUUGAAAUGCAAAUCAAAACUAUUUGUAUUUAUCUUAAAAACCCACCACGGCAGAAUUAGUGAUCUCAUUUACUAUUUAUUUUGUUAACGUCUAGGCAUUUUACUAUCCAACGCACAUUGGUUACCCGAUUGGAACGGAAGAUUCACCAAAUAAUUAUUUUCUAGAACUACACUAUGACAAUCCAGAGAAUAUUGAAGGUCAGUGAAUCUGUCCCUGCUGUUGAUAUUAAGCUGCUUUAAAACAGCUCUUUUGCUGUUAUUGAGCUUCAAAAAAGUCUCUUGGGCUGUGUUCUCACAUCUCAAUCGUUACUUUGUUUUAAAGGACGGAAAGACAAUUCAGGAGUUCGUUUUUACUACACUCCCCACCUCCGUGACUACGAUGCUGGUACAAUGACAGUCGGAGAAGCAUUUACCUCAUAUAUGGUAAUCCCGCCACAACAAGAAUCUUGGUUAACUAAAGGAUAUUGCCCCAAAGAGUGUUAUCAGGUAACUUUGUCGCAGAUAUUUUGCUCUUUGAGAUUUGGGAACUGUUUGUGUGCCGGCAUUUCUCAUCGAAAAAAAUUUUACUCAAACACCUGGAAAUUUAAUGCAUUAAUGCGUUCCCACCUUUGCGAUUUUUUUCCCAUUUCAUCUACUUCCACCCUUUUUCAGAAAACCUUGGAAUCGACAACACUUCCAGAAAAAGGGAUAAAGGUCUUUGCUUCUUUCCUUCACACUCAUCUACAGGGUUAGUCCAUUAUUGAUGUCUACUUAAAUUAUUUCAUAUUCUUCCUAUUUCCAAAUACAAAAUACAUACAAGCUAGAAAGAACUCAUUAUUGUCUCAGACAACAUGCUGUGCAGUUGAUAAUGUCUAAUCAGUCCAUUGAUUUUUUUAUUGAGUGCAGAUUCAUAAAGUCAUACUGCUAUACUUUUCCAUCAGGGCGUGCAACAUGGACGAAACAUGUCCGCAACGGAGUUGAAUUACCUGAAAUUGUCCGUGAUGACAAUUAUGAUUUUAAUUUUCAGGUAAAUGAAUAAGUUAACGCUUCUUUAUCUCCACUUUAAGUUUGCUUUGUUAUUCAUAUACGUAUAAUCGAUUCUGUGAUGAACUUAUAAACUGCUAGCGACGGGCAUAAGUGGGCCUACAUAGUUAUUCUUGAAAACAUUCUCAGAAAAAGAAAUGGAAAUUUUGACAAUAGGGGAGAAAGUUUAAAAUUUCGUCGAAUGCAAGAGCAGAAGCAUGCACUGUUGGUUGUAUAAUUAUCUGGAAUGUUCACCCCUAUGAUGGUAUCACAUGUAGUCACUUUUAAAGAAUUAUUCCUUCAUUGGUUUUUAUCCCUUCAAUCAGUUAAAAAAUCGAUCGGUUACUUGAUCUAAUUAUCAUAAAGACAAGUAAACUUUCCUUUCGCAGGAUAUACAAAUUUUAAGGAAGGAGGUUCACGUAAAACCGGUGAGAGCCACUUAACACAUUUUACUUUUAAGAAAAGUUGAAAAUCUUCUGAUGCAAAGAAAAGGAUUAACAAAUGUUAAAUACGUUUGCUCAACUUUAAAUGCCUUAUCGACAUUAAGACAUGAAAAUUAAACAUUGCCAAAUAUAUUGACCUUUUUUUGUCCUUUAGGGAGACGAUUUGAUUCAUUAUUGCAAAUAUCAAACUAUGGACCGCGAUAAGCUCGUAAUGGUAAGUUGACAGCAGGGGAAAAUGCAUUAUCAUACACAUUAUGAUGGUAAAUUUAUAAAACACGCAUGGUGUAGCUUUCUAGUAGUUAACUCGUUCAGAAGCACGUCAUCAGUUUUUCGGCAGUAGUUUAUCGGAAACUUACUUGGCGCUUACUUUAAUCACAACCUUGGAAAGCCCUAUAUCUUCAUCUGCCUGCCUGAGGAUAAUUUAUGAUUUGAUUUGAAGUUGUUGUACUUCAGGGAAUCCUAUAAAUGUAGUACCUUUAGUAAGCUUGUACCUCUUUUGGUCUUCAAGGAAAGUUACGGGAUUGAAGCUCCUCAGUUGGGUAUCAUAUAUUGAAUAUCAAUCAUUGCGCUAUAAACUUGGAGUUUCCACGUUGCGAAAGAUCUGUUGUUAUUUUUUUCAUUAUUUUAAUUAUUUCGUUUUAUGCUUCAUAUAUUUAGGGUGGAGUAGCAACCUCUGAAGAGAUGUGCCUAAACUUCUUAUUUUACUAUCCAAAAGUGUCGAAUGUCACGUUAAACUGCGUCAGUUUUCAAAGAGACCCAGUACAAGACUUCAUCAGAAGUAACAUGUAAGUACUACACUGGUUUGCAGAUUUAAUGAAUGUAACCGAAGAAGUUACAAUUCAUAGACCCAACGUUUCGACACUCCUGUCUAGUGCCUUCAUCAGGGGUGAUCUAAACGCUGCAACAAGAGGUCCUUUAUAUGAUCACUAAUUAGCGGCCUUUUUUCUGACGAGGUGUAAAUAAGCGUCAGGAAGCAGACCGCCAUCGUCACCAUUUAAAGGAGCGUGGGCGGAGUUAAUGUGCCAAGCCUCCAAACAAAGGCGCUGGUGGUAAUGCUGAUUGGUGGUGAUAAUUUUAGAAUUAUCCCACCCAAUUGUAUGGUUGGUUAGGCAAGUAUGCUCCGAUAAAGCUGAAUUUUCCUUUUUGCAAAGAAAAACCGCCUUUUGGUGCUCUUUUAACCGUGUACCAAACUGGCGUUUGGUCUGUCCGAUGUAUUCGUUGUCACAGUCAUUGCAAGGAAUAGAAUAAAUGGCGUCGGUUCGUUGUUCUUUCGUGACAGGAUCCUUAGGUUUGGCGAAAAUAUGCCCCAAAGUCUGAAAAGGUUUUUGAGCAACUUUAAUGUUGUGGCUAUUCAAAAUUCUCUUGAUGGGUUCAGUAACACCCUGUAUGUAAGGAAUAACAGCAAAACCAGUCGCUGGUUCCCUUUCAUCAAGAGCGUUACUAUUUGUAACUGGUUUUUGGCAGUUACGGAGAAAAGUUUUUGUAUAGCCAUUUGCCUUUAGGACAUUGGAAACAUAUUUCCUCUUCUCAGCCUUCGAAUCGAGUGAUGAUGGUAGACAGUCAGCCCUCCUAAGUAAAGUUUUGCCUACAGACUUCUUAUGGCAAAUAGGAUGGUGAGAAUCGAAAGCGAGGUAUUUGUCGGUGUGGGUGGGUUUACGGUAGACACUCGUCUCUAAAUUACCCUGAACCCCUCUGGACACGUCUAAAUCAAGAAAGGGCAAAUGUCUAUCCUUUUCACGUUCAAGGGUGAAUUGGAUCGACGGCUCUACUGAAUUCAAAUGCGACAAGAGGCGCUCCGGUUCAUUUCCGGAUACCGCAGAAAUAACAUCAUCGACAUAUCGUUUCCAGAAAAAGGGUUUAACCGGUGAAGUGGCUAAGGCCCUUUGUUCCACGUCUUCCAUUACCAUGUUAGCAAUGACAGCAGAAACAGGCGAACCCAUCGCUGUACCAAAAACUUGUUGAUAGUAUGUGCCGUUAUAUGUAAAUUGCGUGGUUUUGAGGCAAAAAACAGCAGAUGAAUAAUAUCCUCCACAGGCAAAGAAGUUCUUUGUCCUAGGGAAGCAUCUUCUCUGAGUCUUUCCUCCGCAACCUUAACGGCAAGAUCAACAGGGAUUUUGGUGAAGAGCGAAACAACGUCGAAAGAUACUAAUUCUUCACUAGUGUCAAGAGUUUUAUCUCUUAUGAAAUCCGUAAAUUCGCAGGAAUUUUUGACAGUGUAAUCAGUAUUCCCAACAACAGGCGACAAAAUUCUCGCAAGAUAACCAGAAAUUGCAUAAGUCGGAGAAUUGACAACAGAGACAAUGGGUCUCAAAGGAAUUCCCGGUUUAUGAAUUUUAGGUAAGCCAUAAAAACGUGGACAUAAGCCGUCACUACUGUAUAACAUUUUGUACGUAGAGUCACUAAUUCUACCAGCUUUUUUCAAAUCAAGCAACAUUUUGUUUAACUUUCUUUGAGUUUUACUGGUAGGAUCAGAGUUUAAGACAGCAUACGUACUCUUGUCAUUAAGCAGAGACAAAGCUUUGUCGUGAUAUUGCUGUUUGUCCAUAACCACAACACAAUUACCCUUGUCAGCAGAUAAUACGAGCCUGUCCGGAUCCUUUUUGAGAGUUAUAAGCGCAUUGAAAACAUCCUUUUGAAUGUUUUUGGGAGGAGGUUUAGCACGCCUGAGUAUGCUACUUACUUCUGCUCUUACCCAAUGCCUACGAUCGUCGUCGAGUUGAGAGAUACUCUCCUCAACAGCGGCGACAAUUUCGGCAGUCGGUAUUUUGCGAGGAGCAAUAGCAAACUUUAGACCCUUCUCUAAACCACUCCGUUCCAGCGCGGAUAAUUCCUUGGAGGAAAGGUUCAAGACCCAUUUAUCUUUCAGAGAUGAGCCUGAAUUAACAGGAGACCUCUUACUGAGCAAGUGACGGAGUUUUCUGUCGUGUUUCUCUCUCUGUUUGGUAAACGUCUGCAGUUCUUUCGAAUUGCAAAACUCCUCGACCCAGGAAGUUUCGGAGUUGUUAAUCAAAGCAGAGAGUUCACUGAGUGAACGAGAGAAUAACGUACGCAACCGCAGUAUGGUUAAUUAAAUCGUGACGAUGGCGGUCUGCUUCCUGACGCUUAUUUACACCUCGUUAGAAAAAGGGCCGCUAAUUAGUGAUCAUAUAAAAGGACCUCUUGUUGCAGCGUUUAGAUCACCCCUGAUGAAGGCACUAGACAGGAGUGUCGAAACGUUGGGUCUAUGAAUUGUAACUUCUUCGGUUACAUUCAUUAAAUCUGCAAACCAGUGUAGCAUCAAACUAUGUCUGAUUGUCCACCGGGUUGCCGUGUGAACUUUAAUAUAUGUAAGUACUGUUGAUAUUCCUAACCGGCAGCGGACUUUUCUCGGAAUUGAAGUUUUAAGGAUGGCGCCUGGAAAUUUUGGAUGAAUAUUUCUUUUAGCGACUGUUCAUUUAUUCGAUCACUAUUUGCUUAUUUCUGAUGGCAGCGCAUCUCUCAACGUGACGUCUGAGUGGUCUAAUCCUCUUGUUGGUGCGAAUGUUACUUGGACGAAAGAAAUGGCGACAGACUUGCAGAGGAGAUACAACGAAGCUGAAACAUUUCUUGCACCUUGUCUUUGGGUAAGUAAACCCUCCUACUCGGGUAUGUCAUAAAUCAUUUCCUUAAAUUUUGGUAUAUCAUCAAAAAGGUAAAAAAGUGGAGUUAAGAAAGACAGCCUGAAACCGACACUGAUGUUUUUUCCGUUUUGAUAAUUACAAAGUACGUUUUUUCAACAGAAAAGUGUCGCAUGAUUUUCGGAUUUUUCGAGUCGUUUAUCUAUAUACUAAUCGAUUUAAUUUCGUAUUUGACAGGGAAAAAUACCCGGCAACAGGUUGUCAGUGCCAAAGAUAACCCGUUCUCUACCACCAAAAGAGUCAAAGUGUGAUCAACCAGCUGCUGCUGUCUCUGCCAUGGUGACUGCCUCGCGUUCUUUGUUUCUUUCUUUGCUGAUGGUGUAUUUGAUGUUGCUGUAAGAUUUGACGUGGAGCUUUUUUCUUUUUUUACGCAUGAUAAAAGAAACCGUAUUUUAAGAUAAACAUAUAGCAAAUUAAUAAACAGUUUGGUAGUUCUGAUGACUUUGCACAUGUGUUCAUGAUUCCCUUUUAUUGUGUUGCGAUAAAUCUGAAGGACGGAGAUCCAUCGGGAAGACUAUCUGUUUUUUUUAAAUAUGAUGAGAUUAAUCAAUUUUGACGGUCUCCUCGUUUUUAGAUCAACUUGUAACAUGAGAGAUAAAUGGUGAAACAGUGUGUGAAAAUUAAUGAUGAUAAAUAAUAGCACUGUUUGGAUAAUUUCACUUCUGAUCCGGCAUUAGGUUAACAAAAGCAGUUAGAAAGUACAAGAGGUGUUAGUGUGACACACAGAUUAGUUCAAGAACCGACGACUUCUGCAUAACGAAGAUGACGCAUAGAUUGUUAAUCCUAAAGCCUAUAUACGAUGUACUGCACCAAUUAACAGACAAUAAAUUGGAAGCAGUGUUCUAACGAGC